UAGAGAGAGAGAGAGAGAGAGAGAGAGAGAGAGAGAAGGCGCUUGGGCUCCUCUGUUCAUUCCCGGUUCCUGGAGCGCACCGACCGCAUCGUCGCGUCUUUAUUCGCGGCUCGGAAACUUUACGCACGGCGCUCUUUUCGCUCCACUGCUUCCCAGCGAGAUCAUAAUUUUCGGGAUACAUUGUGCGCCCUGACCGGAUAUUUAUCUGCUACAUUAUUAUUCCUGUGCGCGCCUUUAAAGUCGGCUUGUUUUCUUUUUUUGCGUUUCUUUUCUUCCUUUCGCGACUCAGACGUGCGUGGAUUACUCGAGCCUUCCCAGACCUCCUUUUCUCCUUCAUUCAGCUCCUGCUAUACGGAUCUCGGAACCUUUAAGACACUAAAUGCUCCAGACACACAGCCAUGCUGGACUCCAACGUUAGGUCUUCACAUGGACCGUGUUGGUGGAGGAGACCAGAAAGACGCCCGGACCGCAGGUUGUAGACUCGGAUCGGGGAUGGUGUGCGGAUUUACGAUGCAGAGACACCGGAGCGAGUUCAGUGUCUAACGGAAGUUUUUUGGGAUAUUUUGUGUCAAUAUUAUUAUUAUUAAUAAUAAUAUUAUUGCACCGACAGAACAGAUUGGGUUUAUCGCCUCCAGGAUCGGCUGUGUUUUAUUUUAUUUAAUUUUAUUUUAAAUCUGCUGCCUAGUUUGGUGGGUGGAAAACCGAAUUGAAAGACUGGCGUAUGGUACUGAUUGCCUUUGCUGCCCACAGCUUUGGCACCGUCUCUCGGACUGCGCGGCGCCUCCUGGCCUCGGAUCCCGGGACCUACUUCAUGAUUUGCGGACGCCAUGCUCGCUCUUUAGCCGGGAGACCUUCUGCUCGUCGUCGCGCAUGUUCAGGACCAGACGGUCGGGGCUCGUCCGGCGACUCUGGAGGAGCCGCGCGCCCGUCGACGUCGACGGGGAGGAGGCAGCGGCAGACGCCGGGACGCACGGCGCGGGAGGAAGCGGAAGAGGAAACGGAGGCUUGUGCAUGGGCAAAGCGACCAAGGCCGUCGGUAAGGCCGGCGGUGGGAGCGUGGGCUCGGGCGCGGAGGCCGAACUGAAGGCGCUCACGCACUCGGUGCUGAAGAAGAUCAAGGAGAAGCAGCUGGAGGUGCUGCUGCAGGCCGUGGAGUCGAAGGGCGGAGCGCGUAGCCCGUGCCUCAUGCUGCCCGGCCGAGUGGACGCGUCCUCGCUCCCGCUGCUGCUCUUCAAGGUUUUCCGCUGGCCAGACCUACGACACUGGUCGCAGCUGAAACGGUUACCGUGCUGUGAAUCCUACGGGAAGAUCAACCCGGAGCUGGUGUGCUGCAACCCGCACCACAUGAGCCGCCUGUGCGAGCCCGAAUCCCCUCCUCCUCCGUACUCACGCUAUCCAGUGGACUUACUGAAGUCACCCGAUUCUCCAGACUCGAUGCCUGCUUCCACUGAAACUGGGGGAACGAUACAUUCAGCCCCUGUGGGGUUUUCAGAUUCCCAAGGUCUUCAGGAGUGUGGCGAGCGUGAGCACUGGUGUGUGGUGGCAUACUGGGAGGAGAAAACGCGAGUCGGCCGCUUGUAUUCAGUCCGCGAGUCUUCGCUGGACAUCUUCUAUGACCUACCUCAGGGCACAGGCUUCUGCCUGGGCCAGCUGUGCUCGGACAGCCGCAGCGCACUGGUGCACAUGGUGCGGCCCAAAAUCGGCUACGGCAUCCAGCUGAGCCGCGAGGCCGACGGCGUGUGGGUGUACAACCGCAGCCGCUACCCCAUCUUUAUCAAAUCAGCCACGCUGGACGACCCUUCGUCACGAACGCUACUCGUGCACAAGGUCUUUCCCGGGUUCUCCAUCAAAGCCUUCGAUUACGAGAAGGCCAAGAGCCUGCAGAGACCCAACGACCACGAGUUCAGCCAUCAGCCACGUGCCGGAUUUACCGUGCAGAUCAGCUUCGUCAAGGGCUGGGGUCAGUGCUACACCAGACAGUUCAUUAGCAGCUGCCCCUGCUGGCUCGAACUCAUCUUCAAUAGCCGGUAGCCCCAAGCUCCGCCCACUACCCCUCUUUUUUUCCCCUCAAUUGCCAUCGCCAUGGACACGGACUAACCCUGACCUCGUUCGGGACUAUUCUUCUCUCUUUUUUGUGACAAAGCGAGACAGAAGUUCUCCCGAAGAAGAAUUUAUGGAAAAAGAAAGAAAGGGGAAAUAAAAGGCGUGGACGUUUUUUUUUUUUUAGUUUUUUUUUUUAAAGACUUUAAAAAAGAUUUAAUUAAGUGAAAAUAAGAAAAGUUCAAAAAUGUAUUAUAUAUAAAUAUAUUAUUACUUGUAAAUACGAAGACGUUUUAUAUGCAUCGUUAUUUAUGUAUUGUGCAGUGUGUGGAUAGAAAUAGAAAAGAUGCACUUUGCUUAAUAUAAAAAAAAUGCACAUCGGAGAAAUGCCAAAAUAAAAAAAAAAUCGAAUUUA